CAGCCUACCGUAAUAUAUGCACCAAAAACACAUACAUACAAAUAUAUAUAUAGAUAUAUAAAUACAUAUACACAUAGAAACAGAUCAUUUUUAACCGAAAAGCCCGUGGCCUCUAAACAAAUCCCUGAAAAUUCCCCGCCUCCACCCGAGAUAGAGAGAGAAAGAAGUAAGGGGAAAGAGAGAGAGAGAGGCAAGGAAGUAUCGAUGGCAGGGUUGCAGAGAUCUGCAGUAUCAUUCAGGAGACAAGGAUCCUCGGGAUUUGUAUGGGACGACAAAUUCCUGUCUGGCGAGCUCAACAAGCUCGCCGACCAACAAAAGGAAGACUACAAGAACAAGAAAUCUCAACACCUCAAGACGGGGGAUAACGCCGCCGAGAACUCGUCCGGCAGCGGCGGACUCACUAUUGAGAGGAGCCGAUCCAGCGGCGGGCGAGCCUACCGCACGGGGAGAGUGUCACCGGCUCUCGAGCCGCCGUCCCCUAGGGUUUCCGCCUGCGGACUCUGCGGCGCCUUCGGCAACAGCAACAAGACGCGCCGCCGGCCGCCCAAGUCUGGCAAGCGCGUGAUGUGAUUCCGGCGACGGGAGCCGCCGGCAAGCGUGGGUGUUCAAAAGCAUCGACUCGAUGAAAUUGAUUGACUUCGGUGAAUUUUGGGACCCUAGAGGAUCACGAUUUCUCUUUUUUCUUAUUUUUUUCCAAAUGAAAUUGUGUUCGUCUGUAGUUUUUUUUUUUUUUUGGUUCAGGGUUUAAGGGUAUGUAAAAUAUGUUGUUAUCUUUGGACAUUUGCUCGACUUUGUUUUUGUUUUUUCACUCUCAAAUUCUCAAUGUACAAAUAAAUCAAUUUUUCUUA